UCGUCACGUUGUUUCCCCUCCUCAGUCCGGACAGUAGCAGACAUGUGUUAUUUAUUGCUCAGCUUUGGGAGAAGACGAACGCAUGCACAACCGGCUCUGGAAAUAGAGGAUUAAAAUAAAGCGCGUCGUUUCUUUAGCAACUCGUGGGAAGGAAGCAUUGUGUCUGAUAGCGAAGGACACUAGAAUGGCCAGUCCGCCUAACACGGCAGAUCAGCCGUUACUGCCCGGUAAUACGAACGUAACCAACAACAUCAAGAAGUGCGGAUAUCUAAAGAAGCAGAAACACGGACACAAGCGCUUUUUUGUGCUAAAAGAGCCAAGCGAGGGUUCCCCUGCCCGGCUGGAGUACUACGAGAGCGAGAAGAAAUGGAAAAACAAAUCGGCUGCGAAGAGAGUUGUUCCUCUGGACUGCUGUCUCAAUAUCAACAAGAGAGCGGACGCAAAACACAAAUAUCUUAUCGCUCUUUAUACCAAGGACGAGUAUUUUGCCGUGGCGGCAGAAAACGAGCAGGAACAGGAGAGCUGGUACCGGGUGCUUACGGAUUUAAUGGCAGAGGGGAAAGUAUACGACGGCUCAGCGUCCAACUCUGCGUCCUCGCUGGUUGGCUUCGACGAGGCGAGCUACGGUGUAAUAACGCCGGUUGCCGCCGCGUACAAGGAGGUAUGGCAAGUAAAUCUGAAAUCCAAAGGCCUGGGGCAAAGCAGAAAUUUGACCGGAGUGUACAGACUCUGUCUUUCCAGCCGGACUAUCAGCUUUGUCAAGCUGAACACAGAGGUUGCCUCCGUCAUUUUACAGCUGAUGAAUAUCAGGAGGUGCGGCCACUCUGACAGCUUUUUCUUCAUUGAGGUUGGUCGAUCUGCAGCCACGGGUCCCGGGGAAUUAUGGAUGCAGGCGGAUGACUCUGUGGUGGCGCAAAAUAUCCACGAGACUAUCUUAGAGGCGAUGAAAGCCAUGAAGGAGCUGUCGGAAUUCCGACCGCGCAGUAAAAGCCAGUCAUCUGGUACAAACCCCAUCUCUGUACCCACACGGAGGCACCUGAACAAUCUACCCCCCAGCCAGAUCGGGCUUCCCCGGCGGUCACGCACUGACAGCAUGGCUGCGACCUCUCCUGUGAGCAAAUUUUCCUCCUGUCGAAUACGCACGGCCAGCGAGGGCGACGGCACCAUGAUACGCCCCAUGUCAGUGACUGGCAGCCCCGUUAGCCCAGGGGUCCACAGGACCCUGCUGAGCAGAUCUCACACCAUUACAACGCGCCCUUGUCGGACAUUUGAAUCUUCCUCCCUCCAGCACAGUAAGUCCAUGUCUAUGCCCCUGUCUCAUUCCCCGCCCGUGGCCACCCCUAGCCUAGAAAAACUGUCGUCCUGCCCAGACAGCAGUGCUCCUCGCCCCUCCAGCUGCAGUGCCUCAUUCUCAGGCUCCCUCAGUGAUGGUGGUUUCAUAUCAUGUGAGGAGUAUGGCUCUAGCCCUGCGGAUACACGGGAUCUGAGACUAACACUCACCCUCCGUAGCAAUACUCCAGAAUCUCUCAAAGCUGACACUCCCCCCUCCCGGGACGGCAGCGAGCUUGAUGGCUACAUGGUGAUGGAGCGGCAGAAUCAGAAUGGUUACCGUAGGUUAUCAGAGCUGGACAUGGCUUAUCGAAAGCGCACAUACUCCCUCACUACCCCCCGCCAGCAGAGGGGUCCCCCCCAAGUAUCGUCAGCUUCCCUGGAUGAGUACACUCUUAUGAGAGCCACUUACACCAGUGGAAGCCUGUCUUCUCGCAGGUGUCACACUGCUUCCCCUAAAGGGAUCUAUCCUGAGGAUUACAGGGAUGUUCAGAUCAGCACCAGCAGUGUCCAAGGUGACAGUGGCUACAUGCCCAUGAUGCCAGGUGUGGUACCUCAGACACUGGGGUCCAAGGAUGACCUUUACAUGCCCAUGAGCCCCAUGUGUGUUUCUGCUCCAAAGCAAAUCAUGAAUCCCCGUUCACACUCCUCUUCAGCAGGGAUGGCCUCACGCACAGACUCCCCUGGGAGUGUUUCUUUGGAGGACAGUGGCUAUAUGCGGAUGUGGUGCGGAACAAAAAUGUCAGUGGAAAGCACUGAUGGAAAGCUCAACGGAGAGUAUCUGAACAUGUCUCCAGUUGACCCUCUGGUGUCUCUCACACCCCCAGAGUACAUCCUCAGUCCUCCAGGAGGAGAUCCCCACCCCCAGCAACAUCACAGACAGGCUUAUUCUUACAACUCUCUACCACGUUCACUUCAAGUCCAGUUGCAGCGCAACGGGUCCACAGACACUGACCAGUAUGUGGUGAUGAGUUUACAGAGACAGCGGAUAGAAGAGGAGUCCAACUAUUGUCCUGUCUCUCCAGGAGACUCUGUGGCCAGCAACUCUCCAGGGAUACCAGGCACCCCAUCCUCCACCCCAUCACCUCUCAGAGUGGCUCGGGUAGAUGGAGGCCUCGUACACCGGAGUAGGGUGUGCCGGCCCACCCGCCUGGCUCUAGAGUCCCUUAGAACAUUACCAUGUAUGAGUGAACAUCCCCUUCCAUCAGAGCCACGCAGCCCUGGAGAGUACAUCAACAUAGACUUUAGUAGUGCUACCCGUGACCUGCUGCCAUGCAGAGUGUCAGAGAGCUCUGAAUCCUCUGUGAGUUUAAUGUGUGCAGAGAGGGGAUCCCUGCCACUCUCAGACUAUGCUAAUGUUGAUGUCAGCUUGACGGGUCACCUUGGCUCACACCAAGCUGGGGAUCCCCCCCCUGCAGGGUGCCUAAACCACAUGCCUAAAGUCUUGACUUGUCCUAGUCUGGUGAAUGCCCAGCAUAACAUGAAGGGAGGUGAUGAGAAAGAAGAGAAAAAAAGCAUAGAGGGACAGGCAGAGAAGAGGGGGAUCGAGGAAUAUCCUCUCCAGCAGCAGGUGAGCCUGGUGUGUCAGCCUGCUCCAGUCAAGGAUGACUAUACUGAGAUGACCUUCAGUCCUCCAGCUCCUCUACCUGCUCUCUGCACCACUGAUGCUGCUCCCCUCCCCACCAGCCCAACUGCCUGUGUCAAGAGACUCAGCCUUGAGGACAGCAUUGUAGAUGGGGUGCCCCCAGUGCCACUGGACUCUUUUCUCCUGGGGGGUCCUUCGUUAUCUGUCACCCUAGUAGAUCCACAUAGGGGGGCCAAAGUGAUCCGGGCUGACCCCCAGGGGCGCCGCCGGCACAGUUCUGAGACCUUCUCCUCCACCACCACUGUCACACCCGUGUGCCCAUCCUUUGCCCAUGACACCAAACGGCACAGCUCUGCCUCUGUGGAGAAUGUAUCCCACACUGUUUGCAGCUCUGAGGGACCUGACGAGGACUAUGGCAGCAACAGCCCCAUGUGCAGGGAGAUGUCAGCUGGUUAUCAAAAUGGACUUAACUACAUUGCCUUAAACCUGAUGGAGGGAAACCUUGGAGGUUGCAGGUUAGGGGACUGCGAUGGACUCCUGCGGUUCAAGACAGCCUGUGGCUGCAAGGGGGGCAUGAAUGGUUUCAACACUAGCCCAUACGCCAGCAUGGGAUUCAAGGAGACUGCUGCUGCUGUGAAAGAAUGAAGGCUGAUGCCCCCCUCCCUCCUUUUCCUGUGAACGUAGGAUUUUGCUGCAGCCAAGUGACGAGAUCGCCAUGGCGACAGCUGGACCAUGCGCUGCAGUCGAUGUCCUUUGACCUCUUUGCCGCCUUCAAGGGUCACGGGGAUGGCCAUCACCAUGGCGACACGAACACUUGACCCUUGCCCCAAAUUCUCUCCGCUUUUUGUGGCACCAAAACAUUCAGACGCCAUCGCUGCUGCUGUGCUAGAUUACUUAAAAAAUAACAGGAACUAUUAACUCUAACCGUAGAUAGGUAACUAUUUAUCUUUGUGUGUAGGCCUGCAAAACUAUUCUGCAGUGUAAUGUUAUGUUAAUGAUUAUUAUUGUUGUUAUUGCCAUUCAUACAGCUGGUUUUCUUUUGGUUUCAGCCAAUAGUUGCCAGAUACCCUCACCUGAAAACCUGUGAACCAAACCUGGAGAGCAUAGUAUGCACACACAUACACGUAAAAAAAACUUUGCAUACAGAUUACGUAUAUUUAUUUAUUUAUCAUGUAUGUAUGCAUUUAAUGAAGUGUGUGUGUGUGAAUUUGUAUACAGAUUAUACUGCAAAAAGAGGUGGCAUUUAUGAACAUAUUUAAAAAUAAAAGUUAACAUGCUUAAAAAAACCUACCUCAGCAAAAACCAGGUUGGUACCAAUUCACACAGUAGAAAUAUAUAUAUAAUAUAUUUAUUUUCAGAGGUGAAUGUUUUUUUUUUAUCACCAAUCCAAAGCCUUACUCUAACUAUCAGCCCCAGUCUGAUGGACCUUUUAAGUUUGGACCUAUAAACAUGCAGUAUAUCAAAGAUCAUCUUAUAGACUGAAUGUUCAUCAGAGCCGAAUAAGAGACAGUUUCUCUGAGAUUAAGUUCCUUCUCUCCCCGUGGUACACUUAUGUCAAGAUUAUGUAUUAAAGAUCCAUAGUAAUAUAUUUAUUAAUAUGCCUGAGAUGGAGGAUCCAUACACAUUAAAAUAAUACCCAGAGAACUUUAGAGGACAUCACACAUACAUGCAGGUGACUCAUAUCCAAGCAUUGCAGCAUGAACCAGGUCCUACUGGAUCUAACCACCAGAUCUGUGGCCUGUCUGAGCCCAAGACUCAGCACCUUUAUACACUUUACCUACUCACCCACUGUUCACCUGUGAUAUCCUGCACACAUCCACAGGAAGUUAUGACCUGUCACACAGGUACACGAAUGUUUGAAGUUGUUUAUGGAGUAUCUGGACAGCUCCGAAGCUUACAUUUUCUCACCUGACGCCUCUUUGCGGAGCUCUGUCACAUCACACGGUUGGCUGGCAGGUGUGGACAGCGCUGAUUGACAUGGCGAAUGCAUGAAGCAGUCUGUCUGGCUGUUCAGUGAGCCGCUCGAUAGCCUGAAUCCACGGCCUCCUCUGCCACUUUGGCCUGAGAGGGAGAGUCAGCCAGGACAUGCCGGAGCUAAUGCAUGUUCUUGCACUUACAAACUUUCUAGAUUGUAACACAAGAGACGUUGAAUGUAGUACAUGCUGUGUCCCGAGCUUGGGGACACACAACCAACAAACACCACAACAACAGCAACAAUGAAACAUGCAGAGGUACUGAAUGGAAACUAUGACACAGAUACAAGUCGAAUAAGAGAAACAAACCAGGGGACGUAUCUCUUUAUAUAUCUGAAUUCACUGGUACUUAACCUUUGCCUAUAUACUGUAAAUAGAGCGAUGUUACAGAGAAUUACAUCUAAUGAAAAGCUGAGAAAUUUGGGAGAUGUUAAGUUAAAUAACUUAUGUUGUUUGUACUGUACAUAGUAUGUUUUUGAGUGAACUUUCUGAUUCAACAAAAGCACUAAUUAAGUUAUAUGCUAAACAGUAUGGUUUGGCUUUGUUUUGUUUUUUUUAAACUGUCAUGGGAUAGUCUUGUGAAAUGGAUGCCACUAUGAGGACAUUUUCUAAUGCUGUAAUUCUGAAAAAAAAGUUAAGAGAAGUCAUUAAUACUUGACAUAAUUAAUUCUUGUUACUUAGGUACAACACAAAUGGCAUAUAUGCAAUAUUUACACUUUUGAAAAUUAGUUUACAAAGACGGUACCAAAUGUAUAAAUACUGUUAAUAAUGUUUCUUAAACCUUAAAAUCAGAUUUUUUGCUGUUUGUACGUUUUUUUCCCUCCAAAUUUGAAAUGAAAACUUUUUUCUGUGUGUUUUUGCUAAUCGAGCCUCUUGAUGUUUUGAGCAGUGUUUUGCAUUUGGAUAAUGUUUUGAGUUUUUAUUCAGCAUCUAAAGAUUACGAUAUGGGCCCUGGCUUAUCAUGCUGUGUCUUUCAUUGUAAAUAUUUCAUAUCUUGCAUAUUGUGAUGCUACUAAGAGAUGAUAAUUUAAACUUAGUUCAUUGCUUGAGAUUGUAUUGAUUCUUUAUAGACACAUGCAAUAAAUAAUGAUGUUAUUUAAGAAAGUCA